AUGUCUGGAAGAGGUAAAUAUCGAAAUAACCGCCAUCACAAUCAGCACACGCUUUCUUCGGUUGACCGAGAAACUGCUGUAUCGUUGGCAGCUGAUAGCCCGAUACUGGCUAUGUACAAGACAGCUGCUUUGAAACUUAACACUCGCCAGGAUCGCCACGAACGCUUGGUUAAAUUAUCCAGGGAUAUUACCAUUGAAAGCAAAAGAAUAAUUUUUUUAUUACACUCUGCUAUUACCAAAGAAGCAUGUGAAAAAGCUGUCUCAGAAGCAAAUGAAAGACUGCAGAAGUUGGUUAAAGGCCCAAUCAAGAGCAUAGGGUUAGAGCUGGAAAAUGUUCCAGCGUACUUACAUUCCCAUGCUGUUACCGCAGGCUUCAGGAGUUUAUUGAGGCACGAACACUUUGAGGAUAUAGCUAAGGAUGAACCUGAGAGGACUGUUGUGACCAUGCUGACACAAAGUGAUUAUAUGCUUGGCUUAGCUGACCUGACUGGUGAAUUAAUGAGGAGAGCUAUCAAUAGUAUAUCCAGUGGAGAAAGUGAGGAAUGCUUUAACUGUUGUCAGAAUGUCAGAGAGCUGUAUACAGGCUUUUUAGGCGUGUGCGGGUGCGGGCGCGAGUUAGUGCGCAAGCUAGGCACGACGCGGCGUAACGUGGAGAAGGUGGAGGGGGCCGCGUACGCGCUGCGCGUGCGUGGAGGGGAGGCGCCCGCCGCGCUGCUAGCCGCCGCGCCCGAGCCCUGGGACGUGCCCGCGCGCCACCACCACGAUGAAGACGAGGGCUUCUACUAA